AUAAUUAUAUAGGUAAAGCCAUGAUUGUCCUACAGUACAUUCAGGUUCGCCUGCCACUUUACUCUCUCAAAUCCUUGGAGCCAGAAGAUCUGGUAUGGUCUGAGGGACCAUUAUUCUGGUGGUGGGAAGUAAAGGUGGCUUUGAUCUACGCCGCUUGUACAUGCUCACUGUAUUGUUACUGUCGUAGGAGUCUUGACUCCAGUACUCCACGAGACGUGGAGAGUGGCGUUACUCACGAUAAUGAGGAACUUAGUGUGAUACCUCAAGACAUGGAGUGCCCCCGUGCACAGGAUGGUGACAGGACCCGUUACUUCAACACCAGGGCCCUGCUGAACCUGCUUUUACAAUAUCGACGAUUCGUUGCCCACCUGUUAACGCGCUUAAGUAGAAGUCAGGCUCCUAACAACCUUACACUACAACCCUCUAUAUUACCAGACCAAUUGGGACAUCAGUUCGCAUUACCAGACCAGUUGGGACAUCAGUUCGCAUUACCAUACGAGUUGGGACAUCAGUCCGUAUUACCAGACCAGUUGGGACAUCAGUCCGCAUUACCAGACCAGUUGGGACAUCAGUCCGCAUUACCAGACCAGUUGGAACAUCAGUUCGCAUUACCAGACCAGUUGGGACAUCAGUCCGCAUUACCAGACCAGUUGGGACAUCACUCUACUUUACUACAAGCUUUCGCCUCCCCAGUGCCCACUGAAGCUCCACCUGCCAACUCAGCUCUCCAAAUGGUGUGAAGAGCUUCACCGAGUGCCCACUGAAGCUCCACCUGCCAACCCAGCUCUCACAAGGUGUGAAGAGCUUCACACAGUAUAAACGUUUUAUUUGUAUGACGCAGACUGAGGAAUAUUCAAAA